AUGGCACCUAUUUUACUUGGGGAAGAGCACAUGCUUGAAAAGGUUAUAAGAGUGGAAGAAAAUAUGGGGUCAGAGGAGGAUAGACAAAAAGCCAGAUGUAAUAAAGGCAAGACUUGGAUGCAUACUUGGCCCAUCUCUUUACUAACUUUCUCUGUGCGCUUCCGCGUGGGGACAUCAUCUAAGGAGGAGAAAGAAUAUAGGAAGGAGGGAGAUGAAGUGCACAUCUACUGCCUUAAAAACAGCAUUCCUUUUGAGAUUCUGCUAAUACUUGAGAAUGCCCCAGGAAAUCCUCCUCACGUAGAUGAUCUAAAUCAAGAAGUGAAAGUGGUAUAUCUACCUCCCAAUGUGACAGCCGUGAUUCAGCCUAUGGAUCAAGGUGCAAUUGCCACCUUCAAGGCAUAUUACCUACAGACUACGUUUGCUCUGGCAAUAGCUGCAAUAGAUGGAACUGCUGACAAGGACCCUUUAAGCAUCUCCCCACAACUUCUCUAUCUGUCUCACUGUUCACCUGGGGCCCUUCGACCUCUCCACAAUCCAUCAAGUAAAGUGUUAACACUUGGCCUUGCAGUGGCUUGCCAGGAAGCUUCCCCACCUCCCCAGCACCCUAGCAAUGUAUUACAGGACACAACAGGAGAUGAAAGUAAAGAGACUGAAGGCUGCAGGGCAAAUAAAUUAAGAAGGACAAGAAAGAAAGUCACUAAACCACAUAUUUCUUCCACUGAAGUAGGAGAAAUGGAUAUAUCCAUCUCAGAAGAGAGGAUCAGAAAGCAAAUGGUAUGUAACAAAUUGGGAGAUGCAAGCAAACCAGUUGUGGGACCUGGCUCUGCUGAGUCUGAUCAGCCUCAUGAUGACAAGAAUUCCAACGAGCAGGUGAUAGUGAUAAAACCAUCACUCCCUGAAACAUCAGUCAGUACUUCUGGCAGCGAAUUUAACCUGAACUCUAACGAUACUGAUCAUACCAGGGACAACACUCAGUUCCCCACCCUACCUCAACUCUUCUCUAGAAUUAAGCACAUUAAACAAGAGACGACCACAAAUCACCUCCAGUUUGUGCGUUUUGAAGCAACAGACCUCCAUGGCGUGUCCAGGUCUAAGACUAUCCCGGCUCAUUUUUUUCAAGAAAAAGUGAUCCAUGGAGUUUACAUGCCCAGAGGUUAUCUUGAAUUGAUACCGAAUCCUAAAGACAAUGAAGUGAAUCACAUAAGAGCAACAUGUUUUAAUAGCGACAUAGUCCUGAUGCCAGAGUUAUCCACCUUUAAAGUUUUGCCAUGGGCUGAGAGAACUGCAAGAGUGAUAUGUGAUACGUUCACUGUGACCGGUGAUCCUCUGUUGACUUCUCCAAGGUACAUUGCAAAGAGGCAGCUGAACCACUUGCAGGACUCUGGCUUUUCCCUGCGCUCUGCCUUCAUCUAUGAUUUCUGUAUUUUUGGUGUGCCUGAAAUUAUCACCUCCAAGACCAUAUCUUUUCCUGUUUCACCAUUACUAAAUAACCAUGAGCAACGCUUUAUGCACGAACUCAUUGAUGGUUUGUAUCAGAUUGGAGCCAAUGUUGAGAGCUUUUCCUCCUACACUAGGCCUGGUCAUAUGGAAAUCUGUUUUCUGCCAGAAUUUGGCAUCAGCACAGCUGAUAAUGCAUUUACCCUAAGAACAGGUGUCAAAGAAUUGGGAAGGAAAUAUAAUUAUAUUGCCAGCUUUUUCAUUGAGACUGGAUUCUGCAAUUCAGGAAUUUUGUCUCAUAGUCUCUGGGAUGUCAGUGAGAAGCAAAAUGUAUUUUGCAGCAGUUCUGGAGUUGAAGGGCUCACAAUGACUGGCAAAAAAUGGUUGGCUGGACUCUUGAAACACUCUGCAGCUCUCAGCUGCCUGAUGGCUCCUGCUGUUAGCUGCCGAAAACGUUAUUCCAAGGAAAGUAAAGACCUGAAGCAGAGUGUGCCUACAACCUGGGGAUACAAUGAUAACAGCUGUGCGUUUAAUAUCAAGUGUCAUGGUGAGAAAGGCACCCGGAUAGAAAAUAAACUAGGCUCAGCGACAGCAAACCCUUACCUGGUGCUGGCUGCGACUAUUGCUGCAGGCUUGGAUGGACUUCAAAGCAGUGAUGGUGUCUUGGCUGGUCCAGAGGACAGCACAGACUUUUAUCAGCCGAAACCUUCUGAGAUCCCUUUGAAACUGGAAGAUGCCCUUGUGGCACUAGAGGAAGAUCAAUGUCUGCGACAGGCUCUAGGAGAAACUUUUAUUCGCUAUUUUGUUGCCAUGAAGAAAUAUGAGUUGGAAAACCAAGAAACUGAUGCUGAGAGAAAUAAAUUCUUAGAGUAUUUUAUCUAG